AUGGAUUACUCACCGGAAACCUGCUUCAGCUCACCGGAAUACUCUUCUCCGGCGAUUCAAUUUGAUUACUCACACUACUCCGAUCACCAUUUUCUUCCUUUCAACGAAAACGACUCCCAAGACAUGCUUCUCUUCGGACUCAUCUCAGACUCCACCGGAGAACCAGAAGCAAAAACAAAAACCCACUCGUCGUUUCCGGCGAACUAUCAGGUUAAAGAACAAGAAGAGUGGAUCAGUUACAGAGGCGUGAGGAGGCGGCCGUGGGGGAAGUAUGCGGCGGAGAUACGUGACUCCACCAGAAACGGCGUUCGGGUUUGGUUGGGAACAUUUGAUACGGCGGAAGCCGCCGCACUGGCGUAUGAUCAGGCGGCAUUUGCGUUACGUGGGUCGACGGCGGUGCUGAAUUUCACGGAGGAGGUGGCGUAUGAAUCGUUGAAGGAGAUGGGUUACAGUUAUGAAGAAGGGAGUUCGCCGGUGCUGGCAUUGAAGAGGAUGCAUUCCGUCAAGAGGAGGUUUGAGAUGAAGAACAAGAAGCGAGUGGAGACGAAGGUUGAAAGCGUCGUCGUUUUAGAAGAUUUGGGUAGUGAUUACUUGGAACAAUUAUUAGGGUUUGAAGAAUUGGGGGGAAAUUGCAUGCAAACGAGUGUUUAUGGGUUAGGUUAA